ACCAGACAACGGCGAGGAAGGGGCAGCGUGUUGCAGGAGGAGAAGAGGAAGAAGAAGAAGUAGAAGUAGAAGAAGAAGAAGGAAGCAGCAGCAUCUCUCCCCAAAUCUCCAGCUGUGGGAGUCUGACCUUUAACCUCGUGGACUAGAUUGUUGGUUUUCACAUCACGAUGCAGGCACAGCUGGCGUGUAUGCUUCUCCUCUGCUUCACCUGUGGUGGACUUUGUACAGACGUCGACCGGGAUCCGCAAGCGCUGGAAGAGGAGCUACUCCGCAGUCUCUUCCCUUCUAAGGCCAAACAGAAUAGGCAGAGUGCCCCCUACUGGCGCGUGUCGCUGGUCGACCUGUGCAGGAUGGUGAGCGGCCUGCGGGGGGAGCCGUGGAGCGGCGAGGAGGACGAGGACGAGGAGGAGGGCGAGCUGAUGGACGGGAGCCUCCACCUGCGGGAGGAGCUCUACGACCUGCAAGUCCUCUGUAGAGCGCUGCAGAGCUGGGAGGAGAGGAUACUGCGUGGCCCUCAGGACUAUCUGCAGAGGAGCCGGGACGCUCCGCUGAAGCGUAAGUCCCCGUACAUCCUGAAGAGGCAGGCGGCGCACACCACCAAGUCCCGGAGGCCGUACAUCUUGAAGCGGAGUGCGACUUAGUGACGGACGUCCCCGGGGGGAGGCCCGGG